AUGAUUCCAAACUCUCCUAACAGUGAUAAUAAUUUGGUUAAUAACGUAGAAGCAACAAUUGUAAAUCUAAAUCCGAAAAACGAAACAUUGAAUGAACUUGCUAAAAGCUUGUACAGAGAAAAGAUUGAUCUUUCUCCAUACAAAUUUGAUCAUGCAAAUGGAAACAUAAUUACCAACCGUUUAGAGUUGGGUUGUGAAUCAUUGGAAAAUUUACUUGUCAAACCCAAUGUUAAUGGAACAAGUAAUGAUGAGAUUAUUAAUCAAAUUUGUAAUUUGGUUAAUGAAAAGGGUGUUUCUGUGAUCAAAUCAACUCUUGGUAAUAAGGUUAUUGAUCAAGGUAACAUUAGAGUGGUUAUGCACAAUGGUUGUGUUGAAAUUGUUGGACCAGGUCGUUAUCUUAAUAUUAAUCCUCGUGCUCACUGGUCUACUACAUAUAAUAUUGCAAGUGAUGAAAUUGAACACGAAACUCUUAAAAUUAUUAGAGUUAAAAAAGGUUAUUUUGGACUUGCUACAUUGAAUGGUAAACCAUUACUUCUUGCUGAAGGCUUGCAUGUUAGAAAUACUAGAUUAUUCCAUUAUGGUGGUUCUAUUGAAAUGAAUAAGGAAAAUAUCAAGCAUGGAACUAUUAACAUUCUGAGAAUUCCACAAGGUCACUAUGCUAAGGUCAUUGAAGCAAACGUUCCAAAGCUUUUGACACCUGGUAAUUAUGUCAUUGACUCUGCCUUGUUCACAUACUCUGGAUUGUGUGCAAUGAACGAACCAUUCAUUCAACAUGAAACCAUUAAGAUUAUUAGAGUAGGAAAGGGUCAAAUUGGUCUUACUUCUAUUGGAACCAAGCAAUGUCUUUUGCCUGAAGGUUUAUACACAUUCAAUGAUCAAAAUGUUACCUUCUCUGGAUUGAAAUCUGCCACUGACAAUUUGAUUUCACAUCCACCAAUCACAAGAUUUAGAGUUAACCUUGGUGAGAUUGGAUUAGGUUGGUGGAAACAAUCUCCAAUCUUGAUUCAAGAGCCAGGAGUUUAUGAAAUUGAUAGCAUAGAUUUUAACUUUGAGAAAUGUGUCCCUGUCAAAACCAAAUUGAUUGUAUUGGGUAGUACAAUGCGUAUUGUUGUCUAUGAAGGUGAAGUUGGUGUAACCUACAAAGCAGGUAAGCUGGACAUUCUUGGACCUGGAACCUUUGUUUUUGAUGAGUUGGAUAGAGUUUUUGAGUCCUACAUGUCAACUAAAUUGAUGUCUAUUCCAUUGAUCGAAGAUGUCAAGUCAAAGGAACCAUUCUUAAGAUGUGAUACCCGUGACUUUGUUGAAGUUGGUAUUAGAGCUGCUGUUUCAUUUAGAAUUGCUGAUCCAAAGUUAACUUUGCUCACUAUCGGAAAUGAAAGUGCUACAAUUAAGCUUAUCAAGGAUAACUCAAUUGCUGCCCUCCAAUCCAUUGUUAGAUCCACUGCAUUGAAUCAAUUAGCUCAAAGCAAGACUAUUUCAGCAAGCGAUCUCAAAGGUGAUACACAACAAACACAUAAUGAAAAUGGACCUCCCUCUGCUCCUCAAUUCUUUGAGAACUUGCAUGAUGAAUUUCUUUCCAAGAUUCAUGAUUCAUUCAAAAAGCAAUACGGUAUUUUGAUUGAUAAUAUUCGUAUUGAAGACUUCCAAAUUAUGAAUCAAGAGCUGGCCAACAAUAUUUCCAAGCAAGCUAUUAUUACCGCAGAAACAUCUACUAAACUUGCAAACUUGGAGGCUCAAAGAGAAAUUGAAUUGGCUGGUCAAGAAAGAUUGAAUUCCAUCAACUCUAUCAAAGCUACAGCCGAAGCUUUCAAAUUAAAGACUGAAACUGAAGCCAAGAAUAGUGCCACUAUCAUUCUAGCUGAAACCAAGGCUAUUGAAAUCAAGACUCUUGCCAAAGCCAAAGCUGAAGCUCUCACCAUUGAAGCAGAAGCUGAAGCCAAAGCUAUUGAAAUUAAAGCCCUUGCUGAAAAGAAGAGAGCUGAAUAUUUGAGCUCCACUGAAUUUGGUAAACAAGAAGCUCUCUUGACAAAACACCAUGACAUGGUUAUUCAAGCCAUGAAGAGUGUUUCUCAAGUUGUUUACCUUCCAAGUGAUGCAAAUAUGGGUUGUUUGCCUUUGCAAAUGUUUGGUCUUCAAGGAAACAUUCCAACAUUUGAUAGCAUCACUCAAAGUUCUUCCGUUAAGGUCAAGAAAUAGAUCAAUAAAAUAUUUUGGAGAAUU